AUGCGUAGGGUGAAAGGGGUGAUUAUGUUCAAGUUUCCAUAUGCAGCCCCUCCUCCCCAGGAGCCAGUGAAAACUUUGAGGAGCCUGAUCAACAUCCGCAAAGACACACUGCGUUUAGUCAAAUGCACGGAGGAAGUGAAGAGUCCAGGUGAAGAAGUCAGCAAAGCGAAAGUCCAGUACAACGUGGAGUUCACAUUUGAUACAGAUGCACGGGUGGCCAUAACCAUUUAUUAUCAAGCCACUGAAGAAUUUCAGAAUGGAGUGGUGAGUUAUAUCCCCAAGGAGAGCAGUUUACACUCUGAGACUGUACAUUAUAAGCGAGGUGUAAGCCAGCAGUUCUGUUUGCCUUCUCAUUGUAUUGAUCCUUCAGAAUGGACUGAAGAAGAGCUGAGCUUUGAUCUGGACCGUGAAAUUUAUCCCAUGGUGGUUCUUGCAGUGGUAGAUGAGGGAGAUGAGCAUAUGGGUCACUGCCAUGUAUUGCUGGCAACUUUUGAGAAGCAUGCGGAUGGCGGCUUUUGUGUGAAACCUCUCAAACAAAAGCAAGUGGUGGAUGGAGUGAGCUAUCUCCUUCAGGAAAUUUAUGGGAUAGAAAACAAAUAUAACAUACAGGAUUCAAAGGUGGCAGAGGAUGAGGUGAGCGACAAUAGUGCAGAGUGCGUAGUCUGCCUCUCCGAUGUCCGAGACACCUUGAUCUUACCUUGCCGCCAUCUCUGUCUCUGCAACACUUGUGCUGACACCUUGCGCUAUCAAGCUAACAAUUGUCCCAUCUGCAGAUUGCCAUUUCGGGCCUUGCUACAGAUCAGAGCCAUGAGAAAAAAAAUGGGACCUCUCUCCCCCACCAACUUCAACCCUAUCAUUGCAUCCCAGACAUCAGAUUCGGAGGAACACUCAUCUUCAGAAAAUAUCCCCCCUGGCUAUGAGGUGGUCUCUUUGCUGGAAGCCCUUAAUGGGCCUCUCACUCCAUCCCCAGCAGCCCUUCCAGUCCGUGUGCUUGGGGACAACCAUGUGUCAGGCAUGCUACCCACAUAUGGCAGUGACAGCCACUUGCCUCCCAUCCAGACGCUGCCUUCCCUUGAACGCUUAUCAGAUUGUGGCAAUCAAGGACAUAAAUUAAAGAAGAGCCUGUCCAAGUCAAUCUCACACAAUUCCUCGGUAUUACAUGAAGAAGAGGAUAAGGCUUGUAGUGAAUCUGAAGUCAGGAUUUCCCGAAGGAAAUCUCCCUGUCCUCAUGGAGAGGAUUGUGGUGUGACACCUGAGAGUGAAAAUCUCACUUUAUCCUCCUCAGGAGCAAUAGAUCCCUCUUCAUGCACAGGAACACCUCUUUCUUCUACCAUUUCUUCUCCAGAAGAUCCUGUUAGUAGCAGUCUGGCUCAGUCAGUCAUGUCUAUGGCUUCCUCCCAAAGCCAGCACUCCGAAAUCAGCACAGAUACCAUGUCUUCCAUGUCAGGUUCCUACGUAGCCCCCGGCACUGAAGAAGAGGGAGACAUGGCUGCAUCCCCUGCUGUUAUCAGUGAGGUACCUUCAGAAGGAGAUUCAACCCCUGUUGAGUCUCCCGAUGAAAAUUUUGUCAGUAUCUCAGCAGAGGAGCGAGAUGCAGAGGGGAAUGAUGUCAUGGAAGAAGAGGAUGCCUCUCCCACACAGGAAGAUGGCCAAAGGACAGGCGCAUACCUAGGUAUGGAGUGUGACAAUAACAAUGACAUUGGCAACGCAAGCGUGAAAGUUCUGGACAAUAAGGUGUGCUCUGAGGCCCGCUUACCUGAUCUCCCAACAUCAGCUGACAAAUCUCCGAACCACAGCCAAAUGCUGAGACGCCCCUUCUCUGAUAUCGCUGAUCGGGAUUUUGCUGAAGAUACGCAGUGUAUGUUGGGACCUCUGUGUCCUCGAUAUCACAUUGUUUCAAAGGGAGAAUAAUGAUACUAAACACAUCUUCACAAUGACAUAAAGAAGAGCAGCAAAGCUGUGGGUAGAAACUUCAUCAAGUACUGCAGAUCAUAUGAUACCUAUUUUAAAUAGCUACAUAAUACUAAGCAUACAAAAUCACUAAUUCAAUGGUUUGUGGUGAUGGUUUGUGUUAAAAUGAACUUGCAGUGAGGAUGGAUGAAUGAACUUGAGAUGAAUGAGUUUGAGAUGGAUUUGAUGAUUGGCGCCUCCAUAAAUUCUCUCU